UCACCUCGGUUCAUCUCGACCGUCCAACUACUUUCUCUCUCUAACUUCCUAUGUCUUCUCUCUCUUCAAAGUUUAUUCCAAAUUUUGAUUCUGCUCAGAUUAGAUCCCAUUAUUACAAAUUUUCUCAUUGUUGGAUCCGUUUUCUUUCCACGCUUUGACAAAACACCAUUCCCUAUAUAUUCCUCCUCAUCCUCUUUCUCAAACUGUUUUUCUCUCACACCAACAAAAUUCAAAACCCACCAACGCAUAAUCAUCCAUCGGAUAGAAAAAGAGCAGAAGUUUCAAAUUUUUGAGAAAAAUGCUUCCCCGGAAAAUGGGGUUCCGUGAGUACAUCGAAGCAUUGGAGGAAGAAAGGAGAAAAAUUCAAGUUUUCCCUAAAGAGCUUCCUCUGUCGUUGGAGCUUGUCACGCAAGCAAUUGAGGGGUGCAGGCAGCAAUUGUCUGGAACGGUUACGGAGUACAAUUUGAAUGGCCAAUCGGAGUGUUCGGAGCAGACAUCAACGGAUGAAGGACCUGUUUUUGAGGAGUUCAUUCCUAUUAAGAAAGGAGCAUCUCAAGAUUCUGUUGAAGAAGAGGAAGAAGAAGAAAAUGAAGAUGAAGAUGAGCAACAUUCUCAUCAGCACAGGAAAACCACUUCUGAUAAAAAGAAAUCAGAUUGGCUUAGAUCCGUUCAGUUGUGGAAUUCCAAUCCCCCUCCUACCAAAGAGGAUGUGCCUAGAAAAGCAAAUGUUGUUGAAGUAAAGAGAAACGGUGGAGCUUUUCAACCGUUCCAAAGAGAGGAAAAAAGUGCUAUAGUUAACGGAAAGGCUGAUAACUAUGCAUCAGCAAUUGGUAAAACACCGUCUUCACCACCAGUUCCUGCUACAAGUUCCACAGGACCAAUUACAAUAGACAGCAGAAAAGAGGAGAAAGGACAGACUCAGAGAAAGCAACGACGAUGUUGGUCACAGGAAUUGCACAAGCGAUUCUUGCAUGCCCUUCAGCAACUUGGUGGUGCAGAUUCUGCCACGCCCAAACAGAUCAGGGAGCUAAUGAAGGUUGAUGGCCUCACCAAUGAUGAAGUCAAAAGCCACUUGCAGAAAUUUCGUCUGCACACUAGAAGAAGUCCCAUAAUACACAACAACGGAAAUUCACAAGCAGCACCUUUGUUUCUUGUGGGGAAAAUUUUUGUGCAGCCACCAGAAUAUGGUGCAGUAGCUACCUCAACAGCUUCUGGAGGAGAAUUGACCACAGUUACUGCUCCAACUGGAAUAUAUGCACCUGUGGCUGCACAUCCUCCACUUGUCACAAACACACCAAUAAUGAACCAUUCACGUUCACAAGAAAGGCCUAAUUAUAAUAAUAAUAAUAGUGCUCAAUCAAACUCACCUGCCUCAUCAUCUUCCACACACACAAUCACAACUACUUAAUAUGUCCCUUGAUUGAUAUUCAAACUUGCUGGUGUAAAAAAUUUUGUAAUCUAUAUUGUAGUUGAUAGAAAGAAA